CUCUGAAACGUGUCAGUGGAACUAGGUGUGUCGCAAAAAGUCGCGGUGAUACUUUCCUCUGGUCUUCAGACCCCGGCGCUUUACGGUGCUAGGCUCUGCCGCGCUGGGAGAUGUCGGCGAAGGGCUGGGCGGAAUCCCAGGGUGCUCCCGGCAGCUUUGCGAAGCGGGUCCUGGUGACCGGGGGUGCUGGUUUCAUUGCAUCACAUGUGAUUGUCUCUUUAGUAGAAGAUUAUCCAAAUUACAUGAUCAUAAAUCUAGACAAGCUGGAUUACUGUGCAAGCUUAAAGAAUCUUGAAACCAUUUCUAACAAACAAAACUACAAAUUCAUAAAGGGUGACAUUUGUGAUUCUCAUUUUGUGAAACUGCUUUUUGAAACAGAGAAAAUAGAUAUAGUACUACAUUUUGCUGCACAAACACAUGUAGAUUUGUCAUUUGUCCGGGCCUUUGAGUUUACCUACGUUAAUGUUUAUGGCACUCACGUUUUGGUAAGUGCUGCUCAUGAAGCCAAAGUGGAGAAGUUUAUUUACGUCAGCACAGAUGAAGUAUAUGGAGGCAGUCUCGAUAAGGAAUUUGAUGAAUCAUCACCCAAACAACCUACAAAUCCUUACGCAUCAUCCAAAGCAGCUGCUGAGUGUUUUGUACAGUCUUACUGGGAACGAUACAAGUUUCCAGUUGUCAUCACAAGGAGCAGUAAUGUUUAUGGACCACAUCAAUAUCCAGAAAAGGUCAUUCCAAAAUUUAUAUCUCUACUGCAACACAACAGGAAAUGCUGCAUUCAUGGAUCAGGGCUUCAAACAAGAAAUUUCCUUUAUGCUACUGAUGUAGUAGAAGCAUUUCUUACUGUCCUCAAAAAGGGAAAACCAGGUGAAAUUUACAACAUUGGAACCAAUUUUGAAAUGUCAGUUGUCCAGCUCGCCAAAGAACUAAUACAACUGAUCAAAGAGACCAAUUCAGAGUCUGAAAUGGAAAAUUGGGUUGAUUAUGUUAAUGAUAGACCUACCAAUGAUAUGAGGUAUCCAAUGAAGUCAGAAAAAAUUCAUGGAUUAGGAUGGAAACCUAAAGUGCCUUGGAAUGAAGGAAUAAAGAAAACAAUUGAGUGGUACAAAGAGAAUUUUCACAACUGGAAGAAUGCAGAAAAGGCACUAGAACCCUUUCCUGUAUAGCCAGCAUUCAUAUACUUGGCAUUGUUUUUCAGAGAAGAAGAAAAUUAUCCUACCUCAACAAAUGGUAUGAAAUCAAGUGACCAAAUGAAGUGCCCUCUUUUCAUUUGGAAUUAGAUUCAUCACUUUUUGUAUUAAAUUCAAAUACAAAGUGCCUCAGUCUUUGGAAGAUUGUCAAUUGGCACAGGAUUUAAAUGUCAGAAUUCUUUCAGAAAACAUCUUCUGGAAAUUAGGAAGUAGUAGGCAUAGACAGAUAUAUCUAGGGGUGGGCCAGGAAGGAAUCUCCUGAACAGCGCUGGGUGGAUUGCAGCCUUGGCUGGCUUGGAACUCAGUUGGCCUCCCAGCCUUUACCAGUGGAUAGAAGUCUUUUAAGUUUUUAUUUAUAGGAGAAGUAGGAUGAGUAUUAUGCUGUAAUUCAGCUUUUUUUCAAGGUGUGAUAUUGUGCUUUAAAAAUGGAACAAAAUGAAUGCAUAUCUAGCACUUUUUAACUUUGGAUAAUUUUGUAAAAUGCUUUUUUAAAACAGAAUUUAAAGUUUUUGUAUUUUCAAAAUCAGUUGUUGACCCCUAUAUAACCUGUAUCAGAGAAUUUUUAUCACAUGUUUACUGUUUAUAAUUAUUUUAUUUAUAAAA